GACCUCAUCAGCCAUGACGAGCUGUUCUCCAACAUCUACAAGAUCCGGGAGAUGGCGGAUGGGCUGUGCCUGGAGGUGAGGGGCAAGAUGGUCAGUAGAACAGAAGGUAACAUCGAUGACUCGCUCAUUGGUGGGAAUGCUUCCGCUGAAGGCCCAGAGGGCAAAGGUACCGAAAGCACAGUAGUCACUGGUGUUGAUACUGUUAUGAACCACCAUUUGCAAGAAACCAGCUUAACAAAAGAGGCCUACAAAAAAUACAUUAAAGAUUACAUGAAAUCACUUAAAGGCAAACUUGAAGAACAGAAACCUGAAAGAGUAAAGCCUUUUAUGACUGAGGCUGCAGAGAAAAUUAAGCACAUCCUUGCUAAUUUCAAUAACUACCAGGUUUUUAUUGGUGAGAACAUGAAUCCAGAUGGCAUGGUUGCUCUCCUGGACUACCGUGAAGAUGGUGUGACUCCAUUCAUGAUUUUCUUUAAGGAUGGCCUAGAGAUGGAAAAAUGUUAACAAACUGGAUCUAUCACCUGUCACCAUAGCUGGCUGCUACUUACCAUCCACACAACUCCAGGACUUAGGACAAUUGGGACUGAUUUCA